GCGCCCACGGGAACACUUUCAGUUGUGCCAGUGACUUACUAUGUGUCAAUUCAGUCGACAGUUAGUUUUGCAAUUAAUAUUAUCUUUGACAUUUGGCCAUAUAUAUGGGCAACAAGUGUACAAGGCUAUUUUCGGCGGGAGUCCGGUGACACAAAAGAUAUAUCCUUAUUUUGUGCGUCUGCACUAUUACGAGUAUGGAGAGUUCGAUUGCGGCGGUUCGUUGGUGCGGAAUAAUGCUGUACUCACGGCUGCACACUGUGUCAUGGGCAGAAAUGUGGAGGAGCUGAGCGUACACGUGUACACUAUUAAUUUGGGAGAUACUGGAGUGGAGAGAACGGUUAAGUACGCGCUGGUUCCAAAAGAAUACGACAACGAGACACUAAAUUAUGAUGUAGCGGUAUUGAUACUCUCCUCUGCCAUGCCGAGUUUAUGGGUGAUACCAUUGAAUAAGAGCCCGGUGGCUGUCGGUACGAGUUGCCUGGUUAUUGGUCAUGGUGACACCGAAGAAGACGGCGUCGUCUCAAAGCAAUUGCAAGAGAUCCAUGUACCUAUCGUGAGUUGGGAAAUUUGUCAGCGCAAAUAUCGCGGUAUCGGCGUUAUUACAAAGUCUAUGAUGUGCGCUUCGGAACCGGGCAUAAAGGAUUCGUGUCAGGGUGAUUCUGGCGGUCCGAUGAUAUGCAACGGUAAACAGGCUGGCAUUGUUUCGUGGGGUGAGGGUUGUGGGCGUGUCGAUUUUCCGGGCGUUUACACCGAUAUAAGCAAUGUGUAUGGUUUCAUUGAAAAUACACUUAAAAACUAUGCGUAAGCAGGAAGUGAGGCAGAAUUGUAUGUUUUUGCAAUAAAUACUGUUAUCUUUGCUUGACUUAAUGCUAUUACGAUUA